AUGGCGGCCCCCAGAGCGGCCAGCGACGGGGAAGUGGGGCUGGAGUCGGUGUUCCCGCAGGAACUGGGGUUGUUCGCGGAUGCUUUCCCGGCUGAGACCCGUUACCGGCUCUGUGGACACGAGCUGAGCAUUGCUCAGCACCAUGGGAGCCGGCUGGGAGUGGCUGCGCCGGUCUGGGAGGCGGCUCUAGCCCUCUGUGACUAUUUUGAAGAGCAUAAGCUGAACUUCUGGGGCAAGAAGGUUUUAGAACUGGGCGCUGGGACUGGCAUUGUGGGCAUCCUUGUUUCCCUUCUUGGAGGAGAUGUGACCAUCACCGAUCUUCCCGUGGCCUUGAAGCAGAUAGAGGAGAAUGUCCACCGAAAUUUGCCUGUGGAGUGCCUGGCUCGAACGAAAGUGUGUGCGCUCUCAUGGGGCCUGGACCAUUUGGAGUUUCCCAGUAACUUUGACUUCAUUUUGGGUGCGGAUAUUGUCUACCUCAAGGACACUUACCCUUCGCUGAUCAGGACUCUGCAGCACCUGUGUGGUCCUCGGUCUACUAUCUACCUGUCUUCCAAAAUGCGUCAGGAGCAUAGCACGGUGUUGUUCUUUGAGACGCUGCUCCCCAUGCACUUCACCUCAAAGCUGGCCUUUAGGGAUGAGAAUGAGAAUAUUAACAUUUACAAAGUGACCCAGAAGAGUAACAUCUGACAACAAGUAUGUCACUUGGGGAACAAUGAUAACAGCCCUUUUAUUUAGGGCUGUUAAUCCACAAAGCUGUAGGUGGCUGA